AUCGAAGGGAAGUGGGUUUUUGAUGGCCUUUGCCGCGAAACCAAGGCCUGCUUCCUUGUCCUGGUAGAGCGCAGGGAUAAAGAAACUUUCUUACCCAUUAUUCGCACUCAAAUAUUGCCAGGUACACGCGUGAUGAGCAACUUAUGAUUCAGUGGAGAGUUAGACCUUCCAAUUUGUAGAUUAAAACCAGGGCAACGAUCAUUUGCUUUUCGGGGUGCAAAGUUGUAUAACAACCUCCCAAACGAGAUAAGCAUACUUCCGAUGUUAAAAAGUUUAAGGCGAAAGUCUGUAUUAUUUGUUAAAUUUGUAACUUUUAGUUUUUAGCAUAUUAGGAUAUAUUCAUGUAAUUAGUUGUCAGUAUUGAUGGCGGAAGAGCCCUAGGCAGGGAGCUGUUCAAAUAAAGAAUGUAUGUAUGUAUCUUAUGACUGUCUAAAAGACGAGGGCUACGAACAUCUCACGGUUGACCACAGCCAGAACUUCGUAGACCCAGGCACAGGUGCCCACACACAGGGCAUCGAAAAUACAUGGUGGGGAGUGAAGCGAAGUUAUCCAUGUACAGGAACAUCCAAAGAACUCUUCGAAAGCCACCUACCUACAGGAGUUUAUGUGGCGUAA